AUGUGUGCCUUGCAGGUCUACAGGGUCUACUCCAAUAACCAGGAAUUUGAGAGUGUACGGCUUUCAGAGACUUUAAGCUCUUAUGGAGAUGACAGCAGACUAAAUAUCAAGCUAGGGAGAGCCUUAAAGAAGGGAGAAUAUCGGGCCAAGGUGUACCAGCUGUUGAUCAAUGAGACAGAACCUGUAAAACUGCUGUUUGAUGCUGUGUUUGCCAAAGGUAUGACAGUGCUGGAGUCCAAACAAAUUCUGCAGGAAGAGAUGAAGUUACAGCACAAUCUGGAAGUUCCCUUGGACAGAAUUCGCCUGCGUAAAAAGACUUGGCGCAACCCUGGCUCCAUAUUUCUUGAUGACCAAGUGUAUGAAGAUGAUAUUCCAAUCUAUGCCAACUGGGAGCUGUUUGUGGAGGUCUUAGAUGGCCCAGAGCAGUUGACCUCCUCAUCUCAGGUGUCUAUCUCUGUGAAGAGGUGGAGGCCAUCACAGUUCAAACUGGAUCCAUUUCAGGAGGUCAUCUUAAACUCUACUGCUGUCACAGAACUGAUACAGAAGCUCUCAGAAAUAAGUGGAAUCCCUGAAGAAAAUAUUGAGUUUGCCAAGGGCCGUGGUACGUUCCCCUGUGAGGUGUCCCUGCUGGAGAUCAACACUGACCUGGAGUGGAAUCCACAGGUGACAUCUCUCAAUGUCUGGCCACUGUAUAUCUGUGAUGAUGGAAGUGUUCUCUAUUACAGAGACAAAACUGAAGAACCUAUGGAGCUGACUGAAGAACUUCAGAAAGAAAUCAAACAGAAGGAAAGCAUAAGAACAAGACUAAACCAGCGAAUUAUGUACUCCCCAAGGAAGGAGAGAGCAUUAAAGAUUUACACUGAGGAAUCGUCGCCAACAUCAGUUACUAAAGACUCUGAACUAGACUAAAGGGAAGCAGGUGCCAAAGUGCGCUGCGUGUAAUAUCAUUACUAGACUACAGUACGUGAUUUUUAUGUGGGUCACGGCUGUUGGUCACCAAGGAUGACUGUCAUCCAUGGAUACUGGACAUAAGACAAUCAGUUCUGUCAUGGCCUACAAAACAUAGAAAUGAACUGCAUGCUAAGAACAGAUUAUAGUCUAAAUUUAAGAAAAGAAAUUUUGACCAUAGUUAUUGUUCUGAGUGUUCUAGAGUUUUCCCCUGAAGAAACUCUUUUGGUGAAACUUUUGGUGAAACAUUUAGGAAGAGAUUCUUCACAGAAGCUUUUGCUAGAUCUUGUUUUCCACAGAUGUCUCUAAUCUUUAAUAUUUUGUUUGGGGGGAGGGUCAAAUUUAAGAAGAAUUUUAAAUUCUAGUUCUGUUUAAAAACAACACGUCACUGUACUGAUUGUCUGCAGCAUGAGGUUAUGAUUGGGAGACGGAUUGUAUUGUAAUAAGGCAAAUUGCAUGUGGCUGGUCAUUUUAUUAAGAAUAGAUUAUACACAAAACAAAAAGUAACUUUGUUGGAAAUACUUUCAAUCGAGACUAACCAUCAUGUAGAAGAAUCCUCGCAGUAACAUAAUUUAUGCUGUAAGGAUAAAAAUCCAGGUGAAACCAAAUCCUUGAAAAACAUGCUCAACACAUAUAUGCCGAAUGUUAUAGAUGGCUAAGCAAGGACAAAGAAGGGAAAUGUUAUAAAAUGGAAUGGUCUCUAAAUUAUAAAGAUAAAAGUGCAAGGUGACUCGAUUCAGACUAGUUGUGAAUUAUUCGGCUGUGCAUGCUUAUUUAUCAGGACCUGUAAUUAGGUCCAAUCCACUGGUGUCACAUGUCAAGAGACACCAGUGCCCAUAAUAUUGUGAUUUUGUUAAUGAAGUGUUGGCUGUCAGCUGUGCAACAUACAAAUGAAGGAGUUUAGUCCAACACUUCACCACCAUCAGUUUAGUGUCAAAAAUAGUAAAAUUUGUUUGGACAAUUGUAUAUAUAUAUAAAUAUAUGUAGUAGUUUUGUGCAAUCAAAUUUGAUAAUAAAAAACAAGCCAAAAUACUCCACCUGGUUAAAUUCCAUUGCUUAUUUAUUUUUUCGAUUCAAUACAUUGUUUGUUAACGUGAGACUCGUAGCAAAAAUUAGCUAAUGAAUGUUACAUUAAUGACUGCUGUUUAUAUAUGGUACAACCACAACAUCUGAGCAAGUUGAACCAGUUUCCUGUAAUAGGUCUAAUGUCAUCAAGAUACAAACCCUGAUGAACUGUGUUCUUUGUACAGCCUGAACUUGAUCUAAUGGUCCAGCAUGGUGUAUUGCAUGAAAAGUUAUAUUGGCAAGUGUGUGGCUUGCAUGUCUGUUAUACGCAUAAAAAUAGGAAAUAAAAGGAAAAUAUUG